AAAUGAAAAAAGGAUAGCGACUUUUGAUUCUUGUUUGCUUUGAGACGUGGGCUAACUCCAAAUCUCUCUGUCACAACCAAACAAUUCUAACCGAUCAACAUCCAUACGAGGAACAUACAGCUCAAGUCGAUCACUGAAUCUUUAUAGCACCGUCUAGACUGCUUUUUUCCUUGCAAACUUCGCCAACACAGUUGUAAGAUUUUUCGGGAAUCAUGGGAGCCCUGUUUCUUCUGCUACUCUCUGCUUUCAUCUUCUCUUCUUCUGAAUCAAGAUCCAUAAUUCCACGCCCUCACCCUCUCUCAUCCCUCAAAAUCAACAAGACCCAGAAUGCAGGAACCUGUUCUUUCACAGUAAGCAUAAGGACCAGUUGCUCUUCCUCUCGCUACACGCGAGACCGUAUCAGUCUCUCCUUUGGCGAUGCCUAUGGAAAUCAGGUUUAUGCACCAAGAUUGGACAAUCCACGUUCAAGGACAUUUGAGCGAUGUUCCACUGAUACAUUUCAGAUAUACGGACCAUGCACAUACCAGAUAUGUUACUUGUACCUCUACAGAAGUGGUUACGAUGGAUGGAUACCGUACGAUGUGACAGUAUACGGAUACAAUUCGCAGCCCGUCACUUUCUACUACAAUGUAAUGAUACCUAGCGAUAUCUGGUAUGGAUUUAAUCACUGUUAUCAUCGCACAGCUACUUCAUUAGCCACGAAGUAAAGCAUUCUCUUGCUGUUUAUGACAUGCCACAACUGAAAUAAUGAGAAUAAACCUUGCGAAGAUGAUCAGUUCUUCUAGUUUUGUGUUCAGCUGUCCA